GCUUUAAAAAUGAUUGCAACCCUGAGAGGAGCAUUCCACAUCACAGCGUUCGGUUGGUACGCUUUUGUUGUCAAUUAUCUGGCAGCGAAGGAUGGAGAAGAAUUACCUAAAGGAAUUUUCGUCUAUGGGGGACCAUGGAAGUACCUUACUUUUUUAAACCUGCUGCUGCAAAUGACGUUCUUUGGACUGGCAGCAGUGAAUGAUCUCCAACCAGGCAAGAAGGCAAAAAGUGUUUUGAACAGAUGGAAAGAUCUCCUUUUCUCUGUCUUUGCAUUCCCUGUAGGGAUGUUUGUGGUUCUGCUUUUCUGGACAAUCUUUGCCUAUGACAGAGAAUUAGUCUACCCGGCAACCAUCGACGCCUUCUUCCCUCCUUGGAUAAACCACGCCAUGCAUACGUUUGUCCUUCCUGUUUUACUUGGAGAAGUGUUGGUGCAGCCUCACACGUACCCACAGAUGAAACAUGCGCUGGCAGCAUUGUUAGUUGUGGGCUUGGCUUAUUUAUCCUGGAUUGUGUGGGUGUAUCUGACAGUGGGGGUUUGGGUGUAUCCCCUCCUCGGACACUUCAGUGCUGCUGGUCUGCUGGGCUUCUUCUUCUUCAACAUGACUGUGGUGACUCUGCUCUAUGUGCUCGGGGACCGACUCAACAGCCACGUUUGGAGUGAGACACGUUUAUCACCACUGUUCAGUCUCUAUUGUGUCACGUUCUCUUUUAUAUUUAUCCCUUUUGUUUUCUUCAUUCCAGAACAGGACAAAGCAGAGUGAUAAAGAGUUUCUGGGACUGCUCUAACCUUUUGCAUAAAGCUACCAGCUUAAAACAAUGAGAUGUCAAAUGUUGCAUGACAAGCAUCCAAACACCACAAUAAAUCAGCUUCCUCACACUACAGUCCAGCUGUGUGUUCUGUUUUAUCAAAAGCUACCCAUUGAAAACCAGCAAACAGGCAGGAAGAGCUGAGGGUGGAUCCGGUUUAACCGUCUUUAACCUGAAUGAAACGUGUGUCGUUAUUAGUCCAAAGCUUCUAGAAGAACAGGUCCGAUCUGCAGCGCUGAACAGCACCAACAUAAGCCUUUCACUAAUCUCCAGAUACUCCCAGGAAAAUCUUUGGUUUGGGGUCCACUUGUAUCCCUUGUCUUGACCCCCGAUAUGACUUGAUCAACCUCCUCUUAGAUCUCUGUAGCCUUUCAGGUGGUGCAGGUAGUUUGGAUCCGCGUCCACCAGUCCCAUAGAAAGGAUCUUUGCCAGCAAAUGCACAUCUUCCUCACUCAGAUCAUUCUGUUGAGACGAGUUAUGAAUUAAACGUUUGAUCAC